GGAUUGAGUGGCCGAGAUGCAGCAGGAAGAAGGUGGAACUCGGGAAAAAAAAUCAUUCCAGGACACGGUACCAUAGUACCAUACCAUACUUUCGUCUGGUGGCUCUGGGCGUUGCUGCAAACGCCCAAAGCGUAAGUACCUGAGGAGAUGGUGAAUUCCAGCUUGCUGACUUCCAUGGCCUGGGCUUGACGCUUGACUUGCGAUGGAAAUUGAAGCUGCUGGCUAGUCGAUGGCGCGAGAAGAAAAAAGCAAAGAAGAAAGGCAAUUACGACACACUACCACGGAGGAGCUCUUCCAAGUUCCAUCUGUAACCUGUAUUUCCACCUAUUUCUCUCUCUUGCUUCUUUUUCUUGAUGGGGUUCUUCUAUUCGUGCCCCCGUCGCGCGUGUCUGACACCCUGACUAGGGCUACCAGGAAAAUCCUGUCUGGACUUCGUACGGUGCUGCUCCGUCCCGCUUGGUGGUGCUCCUUUGGCCUGAGGAGGCCAGCCGCCGCCACCACCACCACCACCGUCAAAGUUGAAUCAGAGCGUGUAUCCCAAUUGCCGUUGUUGUUGUUGUUGUUGUUGUUGUUGAUGCUUCAACUUGUUAUUGUUGAUCCGAUUAUUUGGGUUUCAACUGCAUGAAUGGGCCUCAUUGUCAGGCCGGCUGCCUAGACAUACAUGAUGCCGCUAUCCCACUUUCCGGGCGAGGCUCUCCUCCUUCGUGUAGUAUGACGGUAAUCUGUACUUUGUCGUUCCUACAUAAGAGCUGCAGUGGAU